AUGGCUAGUGAGGAUAGUUUUGUAGUGUUGGUUCACCAUAGAGGAUCGAUUAAGAGAAAAACUCGUUCCGGUGUGAAGUUCACCGAUAAGGAUCCUCUCUGUAUUAUCGUGAGGCCUACGACGAGCUAUGAUGACCUUGUGGGCUCUGUACUGCUAAAACUUGGUCUGGAAGGUGUGAAACGGGUUAAGAAGUUUUUCUAUCGCAUUCCAAUCACGGUGCUCCAAGAAACCGUGAAGUAUGAUUGUUUCAUGAUCGGGAGUGAUGAGGACUUGCAGGUCAUGUUUCAUUGUCGCCGGCAGUUUCCAGAAGUGAGGACACCAGAGCUGUUGGCAAAGUUGGUUGAUGUGGUAUCCAGCUCAGGGGAUUCGAACCGGAAUACCACCACUUUAGCCACGGUGGCCGGUUCUAGCUCCAGAGCUGUCGUUGCUUCUUCCUCCGUCCCUACGUACGAGCCACCCGUCCAGCCUAUCGCCUCCCCUUCGUUCACUGUUGAUCUCAACGGCAGUGUUGGCGACGAGGUUGGAACAGGGGAAUUUCUGCCGACCUCUCUACAGUGUGCUGCACCGGCUGGGGUUGGAGAUGGAUUGUUUGAUGAUCCAGAGGACGAUGAUGUCGAGCCGGAUAUGAUUGUUGAUGACAGUGGCGAUGAUAUUGGAGCGAGUGAGCCUGCAGGGGCGGGAGGUGGUUCUAGCUCUGGCACACAGCAGUACCCUCUAUAUUUUUCAUCUUUGGACCUGGAUGUCAUGAGGCAGGAGGGGGUUCCUGGGCAGCCUGCUGGAUAUGGCGCUAGAGAUACGAAAGGGUCUGCUGGUCUGACAGAGUUUUAG